AUGCAAGACUUUCGUGGUAACUUCUUCGCUGAGCCUCCUGCGGCUACCGUGACCAUUCCCCGAGCAGAUUACGAGAAUCUCGUCCGAACCGCUCAGAAUCACUGUGCGCAGCUUCUCCUCCUCCUCCUCCUCCUCCUCCUCCUCCUCCUCCUCCAGAACCCUUCCAUCUAUACUGAUAUCGUGCCAAUAGCCGACCUCUGCCGCUGCCUUCUCAGCACUCCGAUCACGGACGUCAGAAUCAUCGAGGCCCUCAAUGCUUGCCUCCAAACCGUCGCUUACCCGAGCGCCUCUCCAGGCCAAGGCCUCUACGCAGACGAUUCCAACGCAAACGAAGACGACUGCCUCUCCUAUACGAGUACCCCUCGUACUUUCAACUGCCGCUCGUUCACCUCCAGCCCGUACAUCGACCCUGGCGCUCAACUUGGCAUCUACCCCUUUCCGCCACCACGACAAGGCAACCAACCAGCAAACGAUGGGUUCAACUAUGCCGAGUUCAGCCCUCCUAGGAUUUACGAUGUCGGAGAUGAGCACAAAACAUCUAACGGGUCUCCAGAAAGGGUCAUGAGCAUGCCCAAGCCCGGUUUCUCUCGUGCUCCUGAGCAAUCGCGAUCGGUCAGGCUUGUCAAUCUACCGGAAGGGACUACCUACGGCGAUAUUGCCGGCCUUAUAAGAGGUGAAUUGGUAUACGAGUUCUACGCCACUCGUGGCGCGGCCACCGCUACCAUCACCUUUGUAGAGCUCGCUUCCGCCGAAGCAUACUUUGCACACGUCCGCAACAAUGGCCUGUUCCUCAAGAACAAGAGAAUCGGUAUUCGUUGGUUACAGCGCUUCCAGAACCUCCCCGGCCACCACAUCAACCGAAUCGCCCAAGGCGCAACUCGCAACAUGGUCCUCCGCAAAUGCGGCACCAGCCACACAGAAGCCUCCCUCCGCGAGGAUCUCGAGCAUAUUCACAACCUCCAGGUGGUCAAAAUCGAGUUUCGAGGCGAGGAUUGCCACAUUGGCACAAACUCUGUUGCAAGUGCCAUGUACGCUCGAACCUGCAUGACAAGCCGGCUGUAA